GAGACACUUGAUGCAAGCAAGUUGCUGUUACUGAGGAGUGUUUUCAGAUCUUAGCAAUGGGGUUCAGAGCUUGGCUUAGUGUCUUUUUGGUGCUGUUUGGGAUUGGCCUCCAGAUUCAGGCUGAUCAACUGCCUGACUGGUUUACUCGUGAGGCGCAAGACCAAUCGAGUCUUUCUGAUUGGGCUGCAUAUCAUCUGCUACAGGAGGACCAUGCUGAGGAAUCAGUUGAUGAAUCUUCGCUGCCAGAGCCUCAGAGUGCUGUUCAGGAACCUGUGCGCAAAGCGCUCAAGAAGCGUGCUCAAGAGCCUUUUCCCCUUCAGUCCAAGCCAACACUGCAAGGUCCUGUGAAGCAGCUGUCAUGGAUGUUCCCAAGGAUGCCAGAGAAACCUAAGGAACCUGAGAGGCCAUUUGUGCUGAGGGAGCCAGUACCAGCCAACUCCGUGGCUGUGAGGUGUGGGGAGGCUGAUGUGCAGGUAGAGGUGAACCAGGACUUCUUUGGCACUGGCCAGCUGAUCCAUCCAGCAGAUAUAUAUCUUAGUGACUGUGCUGUCACAGGGGAGGAUCCUUCUGAUCAGGUUCUGUUCUUUGAAUCUGAACUGCACAAGUGUGGCAGCAAGAUUCAGGUGACUGAGGAUGAACUGGUGUAUAUCUUCACCCUUCAGUAUGCACCUAAAGCUCUUAAUGGAUCUCCUAUUAUAAAAACAAACGGUGCUACAGUUGAUAUUCAAUGCCAUUAUCCAAGGGAGCACAAUGUGAGCAGUGAUGCCCUCAUGCCCACCUGGGUCCCUUUUGCUGCCACUAAAGCUGCUGAGGAGGUCCUGGUCUUCUCCUUGAGACUCAUGACAGAUGACUGGGAGUUUAAACGUGCCACCAACACUUACUACCUGGGAAACGUCCUGCACAUUGAAGCCUCAGUGAUCCAGUACAACCAUGUGCCUCUGCGUGUGUUUGCCCACUCCUGUGUGGCCACUGCAGUCCCUGAUGUGAACGCAUCACCCAGAUAUUCCUUCAUUGAGAACUAUGGGUGUCUCGUUGAUGCCAAGCUGACCGGCUCUGGAUCUCGCUUCCUGCCCAGGGUUCAGGAUAACCGGCUCCAGUUUGAGCUGGAGGCCUUUAGAUUUGCCCAGGCAGAGGGUACUACUAUCUACAUUACCUGCCAGUUGGUGGCAACUGCAGCAUCAACAGAUUCUGACCACAAAUCUUGCUCCUUCUCUGAUGACCGAUGGACCAGUGCUGACGGGAAUGACCAGAUGUGCCGCUGCUGUGACUCUACCUGUGGACCAACCAGGAAGACUCGGGAUGUGUCUGCAGAUGAACAAUGGGAAUCUGAGGCUGUUUUGGGACCCAUUCUGAUCAAGGAUGUGUAUCGAGAUCUGCAUUUUAAAUAAAUGCCUUAUAUUCCCAUCUGGUGUCUCGCACAAAUUUAAUCUCCAUUUAAUAAUUUUUAAUUUUUUUGUUUUUAUUUGGGGGGUUGUUGGGGUCCAACUUUCUAUGCAAGCUUAGGUCUGUACUGCUGGACCUUUUGAGCAUUUGAUGUACUUUUAAAACAUGCUUGUGCUGUGCUCAUGCACUUAAAGCCUUUUUGACAUGUGGCAUCAACAUUAUGUGAAUGACCAGCAGAGGGCACUGUCAACACUUGAAGUCCACUUUUUGCUUUUGUUCUAAUUUAGAUUUUUGGGUUUUCCAUGAGCGUCCAUUCUGUUCUUAGGGCCUGAUGGGGAGGGGUGUCUGAAACAAAGGGUUAACUUGUUUUACAAGUUUGAGAUUUCCCUGCUUCCAAAAUUAGUCCUUAAGUCUUUGCUGUGUUUGGCAGAGAAGGCACUGGAUUUGGGGGUGGGGGCAGACCUGUUUGGUCGAAGCACACCUGCCAAAAAUGACUCAAUAAAAUGCCCUUGAUCAGCCACACCAGGUUUGUUCAGCUAAAU